GCGAAACUGAUCAAACCUUGCGAUCGGUUGUGCAACGAUCGGUUCUUACAACCGGACGCGCAAUGGUAUUAAUAUAAGUUCCAUACCAAUCAGUUGUGAAGCAUUUUAUGUUCAGGAGAGUCUGCCUGUCGAAGAGCCCAGCGGAUUUUGUUCCUAAGGCCUGUUAGUGUCAUGGCAACAGCAAGCGACCACAGCGAAGAAGGGAAGGAGAGGUUCACCUUCUUCUGGCUGAAGGACUCACCCUUCAGUCAGUUUCACCCGUCAUGGUUUGAGGUCGAUGAUGUCAAGUACUUCUGUGCAGAACAAUACAUGAUGUACCAGAAGGCAGUACUGUUUGGAGACCAUGAAAUUGGACAGCAGAUUCUAGAGUCUGACGUUCCUCCCCAAAUCAAAGCGCUGGGUCGACAGGUGCGCAACUACGAUGAUGACAUCUGGACCACACACUGUCAGAGAGUCGUGAAGGAGGGAAACAGAGCAAAGUUCACUCAGAACCCGCUCCUACUAAGGAAGCUGCUGGCUACUAAAGGCACCACACUGGUGGAAGCCAGUCCCAAGGACACGAAAUGGGGCAUCGGCCUGCAUGAGAAGGACCCGAGGGCUUCGGAUCGGAGCAAAUGGCGGGGACAGAACCUGCUCGGCGCCAUUUUGACUGAGCUGAGGGACGAGCUGCUUGUUGAGCGGGCAGGCUGUGCAGACGAUGCAACCAGUGAAGUGGAACAAUUCACCUUCUUCUUCCUCAAGGACUCACCCUUCAGUCAGUUUCACCCAGCCCAGUUCAAGGUCGAUGGCGUCGCGUUCAAUUGUGCAGAACAGUACAUGAUGUACCAGAAGGCAGAAUUGUUUGAUGACCACGAAAUCGGGCAGCAGAUUUUGGAAUGUGACGUUCCGCCCCAAAUCAAAGCGCUGGGUCGCCAGGUGCGCAACUACAAUGAUGAAGUCUGGAAUGCACACUGUCAGAGAGUUGUGAAGGAGGGAAACAGAGCAAAGUUCACACAGAAUCCGCAUCUACGGGAGGCACUGCUGGCGACAAAAGGUACCACCCUGGUGGAGGCCAGCCCCAGGGACAGAAAGUGGGGCAUCGGGCUGUCUGCAAAGAACGUGAAGGCACAUAACCGGGCGACCUGGCGGGGACAGAACCUGCUGGGAGCCAUCCUGACAGAGCUGAGGGACGAGCUGAUCGCUGAGGGGUCAGGGAGCUCUGAGGAGUCCAACAGUGAUGACCAGACUUGAACACACCAAGUUAUUGCUGUUAUUUGUUAUCUGGCAUCCAGUGAAAUUUCAGGGCGGCAAAAACAAAUGCUGGAUGAGGAAAUGCUGGAUGAUAUCAACAUUUACUGCCAUUUCAUAGCACAACCUGAAGUGUAUGAAAUAGCCUAAGAAAAAGUUAUGUGAGGUGCCUCUUUAUCUUUUCGGUACAGCCCAUAGCUAGAACCAGCCUACUAUACAAAACAGGCGAACAUUUUACAUCAGCAACAUCGCAUUUUUUUGCUUAAAAAAAAAAAUUAGUAUCAGGACCAGAAAAUU